AAAUUAAAGAAGCUCUUGAGAAUUUUCAAAAUUCAGAUGAUUAUAUAACUAAUGAGCAAGAUUGGAACGAAAGAUUAGAAGAUUGGUAUGAAUUGUUACGUGAAGAAGAAAAUGCAUUAAUUUUAGAUGAUGGAGAAGAAUUAACAGAUAAUAGUAUACUUAAUAAUAAUUUAUUAAGUACAUAUAUUCAUCCUGCUGUUGAUAUUAAUGGAAAGUGGAAUUUACGUGAUCUUUUUAUUCAAGAAUUAGAAAGACCCGAAUUUAUAAAUGUUUCUCAUGAAUUUAAUUAG